CCUUCAUUUCUACCUUUCACCCAACAAAAAACCAUGGCUACAUCCGUCAUCCACCACUGCCAUAGAGAGAGAAACACUAGAGAGAGAAAGAGAGAGAGAUGAACCCCAGAGACCAAGAACACUUGUUUAUUUUUUAAUUAAUUUAUUUGAUCACUUUUUUUCUUUUAAUUCUUCUAAAUUUCUGCUCCAUGGUUCAGCUAAUAACUCGUCGAGGUGUUCGUUGAGGUUUAGUUGUUUUGGUUCAAUCGUUCGUUGAGCUCUCCCUGUCCGUACCUCUUGGGUCUGUUGGUUGAUACUUCCUAUGGUUGACUCCACUUGAAGCAACCGCUUUCUUCUUCAAUUCCUCUCUCUUUCAUGGGUUUCAUUGGGUUCUCUUUGAUUUUUCAUGGAGAUCAACUAAUUAAGCGUAUAUGUUUGGCGGAAAUAUGGGUUUGAAUUUCUUCUUCUUCUUGGAAGGUGGUUCUGAUAUGAUCAGGAGAGGAAAUUCAGAUUAUAUGCAGCUCAAGAGAGAGAGAAGGGUUUCUUUGUACGAUGCCUUAUUGGGGCUCUGGGUUGCUUUCGCUUUGUUUAUGCCGGUCAAUGCGCUGAGACCUCUUAGAGAGAAGUCCCAUUCCUGGGGUGAUGAGUGGUUAUUUAUUAGAAGAGAUGAAAAUGAUCUGGGCCCAUAUUCUGCUUGGAAUAUCACAGGAACAUACAAAGGCACUUGGAGCUUCCUAGAUUCCAGCAAGAGCUCUACCAGGUUUCCAGAUUUUGGAAAAUCUAAUGGAAUAUCUAUCUUUGAAUUAGUCAGUACCCCAACAAAGAUAUCUGGUGUCCAUUAUGUGCAGGGAGUGCUUAUUUUCCAGGAUGUGUUUGACGAGGAGCGUGAAGGUGGAGCUGCUCAAAUGAGGGUCGAAGGUGUAUAUAUAUGGCCUUUCAGACAACUUAGGAUGGUAAUCAGUAGUGGAAAAGAUGGAGAGCUGGGGCAAGAAGAAGAUUAUUUUUUGGCUACUCCAUAUCACUUGCUGGGUGUUUUCUCAUCUCAGGUGUUUCAAAAGUCUCCUAUAGAUAAAACUUGGCGAAGGAAAAACUCACCUAUAUAUGACAUGGAUAAACGUUGUAAUUUAGAAAUUGCGGCUCAAAUUACACGUGUCUCUUUGGGCCAAAGUGAUGGAGAUCAUGAACGUUAUCAGUUGCAGGGAUUAAUAGAGAGCCAAUCUGUUGAUGAUGAGGGAGAGUGUUUCUCAUCCAUAGUAUUAAAUGCUACUUCUGUCAACAUUGAGGUCUACUACAACAAAGCAGUCAACUAUACCUUGAUGGUCACCUUCGUCUCUUUCCUUCAAGUUCUUCUGUUAAUUCGACAAAUGGAACAUAGCAACACCCAAUCUGGAGCAGCUAAAGUUUCAAUUGUAAUGAUUGGGCAACAGGCCAUCAUGGAUGCUUAUCUUUGCCUUUUACAUCUAACCGCAGGGAUAUUAGUUGGUAAGUUGUCUAAAUCAUCAUUACUGGUAUUAAUACCUUUAUUUGCAGACGGGAUUCUUCUAGGAGGCAUUUUAGCCAUGUAUGAGUUUCAUAAUUAUCUUCGGCCGAUUCUUCUACUUAUGUACUCCUUUUGGAUACCUCAAAUCGUCACUAAUGUUGUCCGUGACUCGAGAAAACCGUUACAUCCUCAUUACAUAGUAGGCAUGACGGUCACACGGCUUGCAAUUCCAUUGUAUGUCUUCGGUUGCCCAAAUAACUUCAUGAGAAUUGAACAUGACAACAACUGGUGUAUAUGUUUGGGAGUAUUCAUGGGACUUCAAGCAUCAAUUCUUCUUUCCCAACACUAUCUUGGGUCUCGGUGGUUCAUUCCCCGUCAGAUUUUACCUGAGAAAUAUAGCUAUUAUAGAAGAUGUGAUCAGGAUACAACUCAUGCAACUGACUGUGUCAUUUGCAUGACUGCCAUUGAUCUCACACAACGGCCCAAUGACUGCAUGGUUACACCAUGUGAUCAUUUCUUCCACUCUGGUUGUUUACAAAGGUGGAUGGAUAUAAAAAUGGAAUGCCCCACUUGCCGGCGUCCCCUUCCACCCGCUUAGGUCCUCCUGCCCUGUUUGUAUAUUCUUAGAUUCAACUGACAUUGUCCACUCUGAAAACUUCUGCGGUAGGCAAAUAACACCAACUUCUGCAAGAUCACGUCCACCCAAGAUAUCUUAGAUACAGCAUUCUGAAUUCAGACUUUUGGAGGCCUAUUGGGGUGUUCAUUUACUUCAUAAUCUUUUGUAUUCUCUGUAUGAUGUAUAUACUGUUCAGCUACAAUUUUGUCAUUUACAUAACAGGGAUGAGUCCUUCCCAAUUCUGUAUUUAAUUCUCGUUGGGUUAGGAACCCCCUGAAUGUGUUCUUUGUUCUAAUUGAAAUCGAAAAAUUCGUAGAAAUCAGCUGUUUGUGAAUCGGAAUGUAGAAACAUCAAACAAGUUGUUGAUAUGCAUACAGAUUAAAGUGGGUCAUUUUGAUUAAA